AUGGGUUGUUCACCUUCAAAAAAUACCGGAAGUCCUGUGACGUCCAUCGAACCUGAACCUCGUUCAAAAUCGGCAAUGUAUCGUCCUGCUUCUCCUAUAAAACAAGCAGAUCGUAUUGUCGAAGAUUGUAUUAUCGUCUGGUUUCUUCCAGACAUUUUCAAAGAUAUUGAAAAUGAGAAAGCAAAAUUAAGACAUAUUGUUUCGACAAUCAAAAUGUUUACCGACCAAGAUCAAUGUAUAGCUUAUAUAACUUCGAUUCGUGUGGAGAAAAUCUUUUUUAUUCUUCCAACGGUGGAACCAUUUCUUGAUGCAAUCCGAAUCUUACCUCAAGUAGAAAAGAUCUACAUUUUCAACGAAAAAACUACCGAUAAAAUAUCUUCAGCAAAUACGUUUUCUAAUAUUGAUAAUCUUUGUAAACAGUUAACCACGGAUGUCGAACUAUGUGAACUCGAUCUCUUAGUUCUCACAGCAUCACCACCACCAGCGACUUCUAAUGAUCCCACAUCUUCCAAUGGCAAGAAACAACAGGCGAUAUUUCUUUACGCUCAAUUUAUUCGCGAGAUUGUCUAUCGACUGAAAUUCGAAACUAAUGCCAAAACUGAAUUCGUUCACUUCUGUCGAAUGCAUUAUGCGAACAAUCCCGAACAAUUGCGUAUUAUCGACGAUUUCGAAGCCAACUAUCGUCCUCAAAAAGCACUCUGGUGGUUAACACGUCAAAGUUUUAUCUGGCGUGUGUUGCAACGUAUGCCACGGACAUUUGAAAUCGACAUUCUCUAUAAACUUGGUUUUCUGGUUAAACAUGCGCAUACACAAAUGACGAAUUUUCUAGACAAUAAUGUUAUGAUGGACGAACAUCAUUUGGUUGUGUACCGAGGCAAAACAAUGUUUACGGAAAAGUUUCAUUCGCUGAUCAAAUUGAAUUGUAAUGGUCUAAUUUCGUUUGGAAACCUCUUCAUAGGUCAUAUGGAUAAACAAAUUGAACUUGAUUUUAUUGAACAACGUCUUGCUGCAUUGCCAGCGGCUACUGGCGUUCUUUUCGAAAUACACAUUAAUCCAACCAUUCGAAGUACGAGAAGUCCAUUCACGUCACUCGAUAUCAUUCACAACGAUGACAAACAGGCCAAUCACGGUCUUUUAUUUGGUUUAAAUACCGUUUUUCAUAUAGACUCUAUCGUUGAAUUAGAUAAUACAAUAUGGCAUGUUAACCUGACUCUCGUCGCUGAUGACGAUCCUCAACUACUUCGCAUCGUCGCACCAUUACGAAGUAGUGAAGUUCACGCAAAUCCACUUUCUUAUAUGGGAAAACUAUUCAUGGACAUGGAAGAAUACGAACAUGCCGAAAAGUUCUUUCUCGCAAUGCUAGAAGACACGUCUGUUCAGAGUCAACCGCGCCGUCUCGUACGUGUACAUAAUGGUCUUGCAGCUAAUUACAUGUCGAGAGGUGACUAUGCGAAAGCAUUAGAACAAUCUCAAAAUGCGUUAGAUGUUAGUCUAAGCUAUUUACCACCUCGACAUACGGAUCUAGCUGCGUUAUAUGAUAACAUCGGUAAAAGUUAUUUUCAUAUGGGUGAAUAUCAAAAGGCUGUGGAUAACUAUGAGAAAGCUGUCGAUUUAGUUGUUGUCAAUCCACAAACGAACGAUGAUUCAUUUCUUUCGGAUUUGAAGACUAGAAUUCAUAGUGCCAAGAAAUUGAUUAAUAAAAAUUCAUAA